GCGGGAGCGGAGCGGGCGCCUGGAGCUGGUCUUCCUGGUGGACGAGUCCUCCAGCGUCGGGCAGAAGAACUUCCUCAGCGAGCUCCGCUUCGUCAAGAAGCUGCUCUCCGACUUCCCCGUCGUCCCCGACGCCACCCGCGUCGCCAUCGUCACCUUCGCCUCCAAGAGCCACGUCCUGCCCCGCGUGGACUACAUCUCCCCCGGCGCCCAACAGCAUCGCCAGCAGCCGCAGCACAAGUGCGCCCUCCUGGGCAGGGAGAUCCCGGGCAUCGGGUACCGAGGAGGGGGCACCUACACCAAGGGCGCCUUCCAGCAAGCGGCGCAAAUACUUCUUCAUUCCCGAGCUAAUGCUACCAAGGUGAUAUUUCUUAUUACGGAUGGAUAUUCUAAUGGAGGGGAUCCCAGGCCCAUUGCAGCUUCCUUACGUGAAUUUGGAGUGGAGAUCUUUACAUUUGGGAUCUGGCAAGGCAACAUCCGAGAGCUGAAUGACAUGGCUUCUCACCCAAAAGAGGAACACUGUUAUUUGCUCCACAGUUUUGCUGAAUUUGAAGCUUUAGCUCGCAGAGCCCUUCAUGAAGACCUGCCUUCUGGUAGUUACAUUCAAGAAGACAUAUCCCAUUGCUCCUAUCUUUGUGAUGGAAGUGAAAACUGCUGUGAUAUCAUGGCAAGCUGCAAAUGUGGUACCCAUACUGGGCAGUUUGAAUGCAUCUGCGAAAAAGGAUAUUAUGGAAAAGGGCUGCAGCAUGAAUGUUCAGCCUGCCCACCAGGGACCUACAAGCCUGAAGGUUCACCAGGUGGAAUAAGUACCUGCAUCUCAUGUCCUGAUGAGCAUCACACCUCGCCUCCAGGAAGUACCUCUGUUGAGGACUGCAUAUGCAAGGAAGGGUAUCACUCUAAAGGCCAGGCUUGUGGAGUGAUCCAUUGCCCUCAGCUUCACCCCCCUGAAAAUGGCUAUUUUAUCCAGAAUGUCUGCAACAAUUAUUUCAACGCUGCUUGUGGAAUCCGCUGUAAACCAGGAUUUGAUCUUGUGGGAAGCAGCAUACGACUUUGCCAGCCAAAUGGCCUGUGGUCUGGUUCAGAAACAACAUGCAGAGUUCGUACAUGCCCCAAACUCUUUGCCCCUCAAAAUGGGCAAAUUAAUUGCUCACUAAAUGAGAUCUCCUAUAAGACCGUAUGCUUCAUGACCUGUGAUGAGGGAUAUGAACUAGAAGGCAACACAAAACUCACCUGUCAAGGCAACUCACAGUGGGAUGGAAAGGAACCAAAGUGUGUGGAACUGCGUUGUCCUGCCUUCCAGAAACCAAAGCAUGUAACUGUUCAUCCACAUAUCUGUGGACUUGAGCCAUCCAAGUAUGGAACUGUGUGCAGGUUCACUUGUCCCAAUGGAUUCCUUUUGUCUGGAGUUAGAGAAGAAAUGAGAUGUUUAAGCACUGGGAAAUGGAGUGAAAAUGUGCAAAAGGCUUUCUGUAAAGACAUUGAACCACCAAAUAUUAGCUGCCCUGACAACAUUGAAACUUCUACACUUGAAUACCAGAACUCUGCAAAUAUUAGCUGGGAGCUUCCAGAAGCAAAAGAUAACUCUAGAGACGAGGUGUCAAUUCAGGUAACUCCAGCAUUUGUACCCCCUUACCUAUUCCCAAUUGGAGAAGUUGAUAUCACAUAUACAGCAACUGAUGGAUCUGGAAAUCAAGCAAGCUGUACUUUCAGCAUCAAAAUUAUUGACACUGAACCUCCAGUGAUUGAUAAAUGCAGAUCACCACCACCAGUUCAAGUAGCUGAGAAGGAGUACAGAGUAAUUUGGGAUGAGCCACAAUUUUCAGAUAACUCAGGAGCUGCCUUAACAAUAACUAAAAGUCACUCACCUGGGGAUCUUUUUCCCAAAGGAGAGACAGUAGUUCAGUAUACUGCCACUGACUCUUCAGGAAAUAACAGGACCUGUGAACUCCAUGUUAUUAUCAGAGGUUCCCCUUGUGAAAUUCCUUUUACUCCAGUGAAUGGAGAUUUCAAAUGCACAGUAGAUGAGACAGGGGUUAAUUGCACAUUACAUUGCAUGGAUGGAUAUGAUCUCACAGCAGGUUCCAGUGAAAACUAUUAUUGUGCCUACGCAGAUGGUAUAUGGAAUCCACCUUACUCUACUGAGUGGCCUGACUGCUCUUUGAAUCGUUUGGCAAAUCAUGGUUUCAAAUCCUUUGAGAUGUUAUACAAAGCAACACGGUGUGAUGACAAUAACCUUCUUAAAAAUUUUGUGGACGCUUUUCAGAGUGCACUUGGUAAAAUGGUCCCAUCGUUUUGUAAUGAUGUUGAUGACAUUGACUGCAGGCUGGAGGAUUCCCCACAGAAACAUUGCUUAGAGUAUAAUUAUGACUAUGAAAAUGGCUUUGCAAUUGGUCCCGGUGGCUGGGGUGCAGCAAACCGACUAGAUUAUUCUUAUGAUGAUUUCCUUGAAGCAAUUCCUGAAGAUGAACCACUAUCCGAUUCUGUGGAUGUGGCACACACACGGGUCAAAAGGCACAAAAAGAUAAAUAUGCCAAUGUCAGACCACAAAAUAAAACUAGUUUUUAAUAUCACAGCUAGUGUACCAUUGCCUGAUGAAAGAAAUGAUACAUUGGAAGCAGAGAACCAACAACGCCUUCUAAAAACACUAGAGACUAUAACAAAAAGGCUGAAAAGGACUCUCAGUAAGGAUCCAAUGUAUUCUUUUCAGUUUUCUUCUGAACUGCUUAUAGCGGACACCAACUCACUAGAGGCUGAAAAGGCCUUCUUGUUUUGCAGGCCUGGCUCUGUUCUCAGGGGCCGAAUGUGUGUUAACUGCCCUUUGGGUACCUAUUACUCCCUGGAACAUCAUGCAUGUGAAAGUUGCUGGAUUGGAUCUUACCAGGAUGAAGAAGGGCAGCUAGAAUGUAAGAACUGCCCAUCUGCUAGCUACACUGAAUAUCUCCAUUCAAGAAGUGUUUCAGAAUGUAAAGCUCAGUGCAAGCCUGGAACCUAUUCUCCAAAUGGCCUUGAGAUUUGUGAAUCAUGCCCUUUUGGCAAAUAUCAGCCUACAACUGGAUCGAAGCAAUGCAUUUCUUGCCCAGAAAAUAUGUCAACAGUCAAAAGAGGAGCAGUGGAUAUAUCAGCAUGUGGAGUACCUUGUCCAGCUGGAGAAUUCUCUCGUUCAGGUUUAAUGCCUUGCCACCCUUGCCCUAGGGACUAUUAUCAACCAGACGCAGGGAAGUCCUACUGCCUGUCUUGUCCAUUCUAUGGGACUACCACAGUGAUUGGUGCUCGAUCUAUAACUGACUGCUCGAGUUUUGGCUCUACUUUCUCUGCAGCAGAGGAGAGUGUAGCAUUGCCAAUCACUCCAGAAAAUAUCAGCAAGGAAUACAAAAUCAGCAGCCAGAUAUUCCAUGAAUGUUUCCUUCAGCCAUGUCAUAACAGUGGGACUUGCAAACAAGUUGGAAGUGGGUACAUAUGUAUAUGCCCACCCGGAUAUGGAGGCUUAAAAUGUGAGAAGGACAUUGAUGAGUGCAGUUCAUCCCCCUGUCUCAACAAAGGGAUUUGCAAGGAUGGCACUGCAGCAUUCAUUUGCCAGUGCCAGCCAGGCUACUCAGGCUUGUUAUGUGAAGAAGAUAUAAAUGAAUGCAGUUCAAAUCCAUGUCUGAAUAAAGCAGUCUGUGUUGAUGAUAUCAGUUCUUACCGGUGCUUGUGUACAGAAGGAUUCACAGGUACUAACUGUGAAAUCCAAAUCAAUGAAUGUCUUUCAAACCCUUGUUUAAACAAAGCUACCUGUGAAGAUCAGAUUGGGGGUUUCCAUUGCAAGUGCCCUUCUGGAUUUAUUGGGACCCUGUGUGAAAAAAACAUUAAUGAAUGUCUCAGUAGACCUUGUAAAAAUGGAGCCACAUGCAAAGAUGGUAUCAAUGGCUACAGAUGUCACUGUGUCACAGGAUACACGGGGUCACAGUGUGAAGUGAACAUCAAUGAAUGUGAAUCCAAUCCCUGUGUGAACCAAGCAACCUGUGUGGAUGCCUUGAACUCGUACGUUUGUAAAUGUCCCCCUGGCUUUACAGGCAGCAGGUGUGAAACAGAACAGUCUUCUAGAUUUAAUCUGGAUUUUGAAGUCUCCGGAAUCUAUGGCUAUGUUAUGCUUGACAGUGUCCUCCCUUCAUUAACUGAAAUUACAUGUGCAUUCUGGAUGAAAUCCUCUGAUACUACCAAUUAUGGGACUCCAAUUUCUUAUGCUGUGGAAAAUGGAAGCGACAAUGCAUUUCUGCUUACAGAUUACAAUGGGUGGGUUCUUUAUGUGAAUGGGAAGGAAAGCAUUACCGAUUGCCCUUCUGUGAAUGAUGGCAAUUGGCAUCAUAUUGCUGUCACUUGGGCAAGUAUUGAUGGAGCCUGGAGAGUGUAUAUUGAUGGAAAGAUAUCUGAUGGAGGCAAUGGCUUAUCUGUAGGAUCAGAAAUCCCUGGUGGAGGUGCAUUAGUGCUUGGACAAGAGCAGGACCGAAGAGGAGAAGGAUUCAAUCCAGCAGAGUCUUUUGUUGGUUCAAUUAGCCAGCUUAACAUUUGGGGUUAUGUUCUGUCCCCUGAACAGGUGAAGUUGUUGGCUACUUCAUGUCCAGAGGAACUUCAAAAAGGCAAUGUAUUAGCCUGGCCAGAUUUUCUUCCUGGAGUUGUUGGAAGAGUGAAGAUUGAUUCCAAGAGCAUAUUCUGUGCUGAUUGCCAACCUUUACAAGGCUCCAUACCUCACCUGAGAACUUCUUCAGCUAAUUUAAAGCCAGGAUCAAAAAUCUCCCUGUCUUGUGACCCAGGCUUCCACAUAGUGGGUAAUUCUGUCCUGUCCUGUCUAAACCUAGGACAGUGGGCUCAACCUCUUCCACGCUGUAAAAGGAUUAGCUGUGGAAUGCCUCCACCUUUAGAAAAUGGCUUUCAUUCUGCUGAGGACUACUUUGCAGGAAGCACAGUUACCUACCAGUGCAACAGUGGUUAUUACUUGUUGGGAGAUUCCAGGAUGCUUUGUGCAGACAAUGGAAGCUGGAAUGUUAUUUCUCCAUCUUGCCUUGAUGUUGAUGAAUGUGCAGUUGGCUCAGAUUGUGACUCACAUGCCUCCUGCCUUAACACUGAAGGUUCAUACAUAUGUACCUGCAUCCAUCCAUAUAAAGGAGAUGGCAAGAAGUGUACAGAACCAGUAAAAUGCAAACAUCUGGGAGAUCCUGAACAUGGUCAUUCGCAUGGUGCCAGUUCCAGUGUUGGUAGCGAAAUCAGUUUCUCAUGUGACAUGGGCUACCAGCUAAAAGGAGAGACUAAAGUUGUGUGUUUGGAGUCUGGGGAAUGGAGCCACCUGAUACCAUACUGUGAAGCGAUUUCCUGUGGAAUCCCAGCUGUUCCUGAAAAUGGUGCAAUCAAUGGCUCCAAUUUUACGUAUGGUAGCAAAGUGAUCUAUAGGUGUAAUAAAGGAUACAUUCUGAAGGGUGAAGAAGAAGCAGUGUGUCUUCCAAAUGGCGAGUGGAAUCAUUCAUCUCCAUCUUGUGAAUUAGUAAAAUGCCCCCAUCCAAAGGAAAUAAACAAUGGAAAAUAUGUAAUGAGUGACACAACAUACCUUUCUAGUGUAUCCUACACCUGUGACACAGGAUACAGUCUGCAAGGAGCCUCAGUACUUGUGUGUGAAGAUACAGCUAACUGGAGCAGUUUACCUCCAGAAUGUGAAAUAGUUUCUUGUGAUCUUCCUCCUGUUAUUAAAGAUGCUAUUGUAACUGGGAACAACUUUACCUUUGGAAACACCGUCACUUAUACGUGUAAGGAAGGUUACACAUUAAUUGGCCCAGAAACUGUUGAAUGCAUGGUAAAUGGCAAAUGGGACAUUAAUCACCAACAGUGUGUUGCUGUUUCAUGUGAUGAACCGCCUCCUGUGGAACAUGCUUCUCCAGAAAGUGGCCACCGGCUAUUUGGUGACAUAGCUAUCUACUACUGCUCUGAUGGAUACAGCUUAGCUGGUAAUUCACAGUUACUCUGUAAUGCCCAGGGAAAGUGGGUUCCACCUGCUGGCAAAGAUGUUCCUGAGUGUAUAGCUGACUUCUGUGAGAGACCACUGUCUGUGUCAUACAGCAUCUUGGAAUCCUCAAACAAAGCCAAAUUUGCUGCAGGGUCAACUGUGAGCUUCAAGUGCAUGGAGGGUUUUGUCUUAAACACUUCUGCUAAGAUUGAAUGUGUUCGGGGAGGGCAAUGGAACCCAUCUCCACUGACUAUCCAAUGCAUUCCUGUUCGCUGUGGGGAGCCACCAAGCAUAAAAAAUGGCUAUGUGAUUGGCACAAAUUACAGCUUUGGUGCAAUUGUGGCUUACAGCUGCACUAGAGGAUACUAUAUUAAAGGAGAAAAGAAGAGGACAUGUGAAGCAACGGGAACUUGGAGCGGCAUGAUACCUACUUGUCAUCCAGUGUCCUGUGGAGAGCCAAUGAAACUUCCAAAUGGAGUUAUUGAGGUAAUAACAGGACGAUCCUUUGGAAGUGAGGUGAGAUAUCAGUGCAAUGCUGGUUACCAGCUGAUUGGAAGUCCAGUAUUAUUUUGUCAAGCCAACCGUCAAUGGCAUAGCGAAGCACCUCCUUCCUGUAUCCUCCUCACUUGUGAGGAGCCACCUCCUAUCCAGCAUGGAUUCAGAAAGGGUGAAAGUUUUGAGGUUGGAGCUAAGGUCAGUUUUGUUUGUGAUGAAGGCUAUGAGCUGAUAGGAGAUGCUUCUUGGAUCUGUCAGAAAACUGGGACAUGGAACAAAAAGCAAAACCCCAAAUGUGUCCCAACAAAGUGUCCUGAACCACCACUAAUUGAAAACCAGCUUGUUCUAAAGGAGAUGGCUGAUCAAGUGAGUGUGGUGCAGUUUUCAUGCAAAGAGGGCUUCAUUUUGCGUGGUGCCUCUGUGCUGAAAUGCUUACCAUCACAACAGUGGAAUGAUUCUUUCCCAGUCUGCCAGGCAGUACUAUGCCGUAGGCCUCCUUAUAUUCCUUUUGGGGAUCCUGUGAUAUCAUCUCUUCAUUUUGGUAGCACAGUGACCUACACCUGCAUGGAUGGUUUUUUGCUGAAAGGAGUUUCUACCAUCAGUUGCCAAGAAGAUGGCACAUGGAGCUUCCCAUUGCCAGAGUGCAUUCCAGUGGAGUGUCCACAGCCAGAGGAAAUUCAGAAUGGCAUUGUGGAUGUGCAAGGCCUCACAUAUCUCAGCACUGCACUAUAUAAUUGUAAACCAGGCUUUGAACUAGUGGGAAACAUGACUGUUCUUUGCGGAGAGGAUGGCCACUGGCUUGGAGGAAAGCCUACUUGCAAACCUAUUGAGUGCUCCAAGCCCAAGGAGAUACAAAAUGGCAGAUAUUCAUAUGCUGAACUGCACUACAGACAGACAGUUACAUAUUCAUGUGACAGAGGAUUCCAGCUAGAAGGACAGAGUGUUCUGAGUUGCUUGGAAUCGAGGCAAUGGGAUGCUGAUGCUCCCUCUUGCAUUGCUAUCACUUGUGAUCCUCCGCAACCUAUUGAGAAUGGCUUUGUGGAAGGUGCCGAUUACAGCUAUGGUGCCAUGGUGAUAUACAGCUGUAUACCAGGAUUUCAACUUUCUGGCCUUGCCAUGCAGACCUGUGAGGAAUUAGGAUGGUCUAGUGUUAGUCCAGUAUGCCUUCCAACAGACUGUGGCCUUCCUCCCCAUAUAGAUUUUGGGGGGUAUAUAACAAUUAAUAAUGAGGAAAAACUUUAUGGCCAGGAAGGACUAUUACCAGAGGGGUUCCAUACUGCCAGCCCACCUAUUUUCUCUCUAAUACUUGAGAACCAAAAGGACAUGCAAAGUUCUUCAAGGGCCAUUAAUACUUUGCCACUGUCGGGCUAUUUAUAUGGGACUACAAUAUUGUAUAGUUGCUUUCUUGGCUAUGAACUCUUAGGAAAUUCUGUGCUAGCCUGCCAAGAGGAUGGAAUGUGGAAUGGUAGUGCUCCAGUCUGCAUUUCCAUUCAAUGUGAAUUACUGUUGCCUCCAGAAAAUGGCUUUGUACAUUUUACAGAGAACACCCUUGGUAGUACAGUUAAAUAUACCUGUAAACCAGGUUAUAAGCUAAUUGGCUCAGAAACAAGAUUUUGUACAUCUAGUAGACAAUGGAGUGAAGCAGCACCAACCUGUGAGGUGGUGUCAUGCACAAUGCCAAGCAAACCUAUGAAUGGCACAGUAAAAGGGGAAGCUUACACUUAUGGGAGCAUAGUCCAAUAUGAUUGCAAUCCUGGGUUUCAGUUAAAUGGUUCAGAGAAGAGAACAUGCCAGGCUGAUCAAAAAUGGGAUGGAAAUGAGCCAAUCUGCAUUCCCAUUUCCUGUGGCCAAGUUCCCAAUUUAGAGAAUGGCCAAGUGACUGGAGAGGAAUAUACAUUCCAAAAAUAUGUUGAGUACAGCUGCAGGGCAGGUUUCCUACUGGAAGGUGACCAAAAGAGAAUCUGCCUUGCAGAUGGAAGUUGGAGUGGAAGGGCUCCUGUAUGUAGAGCAGUCCAGUGUCCUGUGCCACUGAAACCUCCUCAUGGGAAAAUUACUGGACCAGAAUUCGGUUUUGGGAACAGUAUAGAGUAUCAGUGUGAUGAAGGUUAUGUCAUGCAUGGUGCACCCUCACUUAUCUGUCAGGCUAAUGGUUCCUGGGAUAAAGAGGUUCCAUUCUGUGAGCCUGUCAACUGUGGGCCUCCUGAGGACAUUGCUCAUGGCUUCCUGAAUGGGUCAGUCUUCAGCUAUGGGGAAUAUAUAGAAUACAUUUGCUUUCCUGGCUAUGAGUUACAAGGAAAUCCAGUAAGGCAGUGCACAUCUAAUGGCCUGUGGACUGGAAAACCUGCUUCUUGCCUGCCUUGUGAAUGCCCUGUGCCAACAAUUCAGAAUGGUGUAAUUAAAGGUAACAAUUUUGGCUGUGGCAAGAGAGUUGAAUUUCAGUGCCUAGAAGGUUUCAAACUGCUAGGACCUUCAGAAAUCACCUGUGAAAGUGCAGGCAGAUGGAGCUCUGGCUUUCCCCACUGUGGGCUGAUUUCAUGCGGCCCUCCACCAACAAUCCCCAAUGCAUUCAUCAAUGGGAGCAGUUCUGUGGAUCAGAAUACAAUAAUGUAUAAUUGUGAAAUGGGCUAUGUGAUGCAAGGGAGCUCUGAACUGACAUGUACAGAAAAAGGAGUCUGGAGUGAGCCAUAUCCAAGUUGUGCAUUGCUGACCUGUGGUCCACCACCUUCUGUACCUCAUGCCUUUGCUUUAGGAGACUCACAAGCCUAUGGAAGUAAAGUCCAGUACAGAUGUCUGGAAGGUUAUGUGAUGGAGACUGAAAUGGAUACUUGCACCUGUCAGGAAGAUGGACACUGGUCUCCUGAUAGCAUUUCUUGUUGUCCCAAAAAAUGCCCCCUACCAGUAAAUAUAACCAAUGUAAUUAUUUCUGGAGCUGAAUUCACUGUGAACAAGAGCAUUACCUUAUCAUGUCCAGAAGGCUAUCUUUUAACUGGGGCAAGCACUUCUACAUGCCAGAAUCAUGGUAACUGGGUGCCAUCGUUUUCAAGUGAUAUCUGUGCACCUGUAUCAUGUGGAAAGCCUGACUCUCCAGCACAUGGAAUGGUGGUUGGCAGCAAAUACAGUUACAGAGACACAGUUCUUUACAAAUGCGGCUCUGGUUAUGAAUUGAGUGGUGAUGCAGAACGUAUCUGUCAAGCAGAUAAGCAAUGGAGUGGAGCAACUCCAGUGUGCAAAAAAAUAUCCUGUGGAGCCCCUGAAACUAUAGAUAAUGGAUCCAUUAUUGGCAAAGAUUUCUUGUUUGGAGAUGAAAUUCUUUACAGCUGCAAUCGAGGAUUUGAGCUACAGGGACCAGCUCGAAGGAUCUGUCAUGUUAACAAAAAGUGGAGCCCCUCAGCCCCCUCGUGUGUGAGCAUAAAAUGUGAACCACCUCCAACUGUAGAAAAUGCCUACACAGUCGUCUUAGAAAACACAUACAGAAGCAACAUUUCCUUUGUAUGUAAUUUUGGGUAUCAUCUCCUUGGACCUGAGAACAUCACUUGCUUGGCCAAUGGAUCCUGGAGCAAACCCCUUCCAUUCUGUGAAGAAACCAGAUGUGAAGAUCCAGAAUUUAUUGAGAAUGGGAAUGCCCUCUAUGAAAACAACACUAUUGGCAGCAGGGCUGCAUAUUACUGCAACAGAGGUUACACCUUGGAAGGAGAGCCUAUUGCAGAAUGCACAGAAGCUGGAACCUGGAGCCACCCGAUACCUCUAUGCAAACCAAAUCCAUGCCCUGUGCCUUUUAUAAUCCCAGAAAAUGCCCUCCUAUCAGAGACAACUUUUUAUGUUGGGCAAAAAGUAUUUAUCAAGUGCAGAGAAGGGUAUCAACUUCGGGGGCAAUCUGUCAUUACUUGUAAUCCUGACGAGGCUUGGACUCCAACCAGAGCUAAAUGUGAAAAGAUAUCUUGUGGGCCACCUUCUCAUGUCGAAAAUGCUUUGAUCCGUGGAACAUUUUAUCAAUAUGGAGAUAUGGUAACAUACUCAUGCUACAGUGGGUACAUGCUGGAGGGCUCUCUUAGAAGUGUCUGUUUAGAGAAUGGAACUUGGACUACCCCACCAGCUUGCAAAGCUAUUUGUCGGUUCCCAUGUCAAAAUGGUGGUAUAUGUGAACGGCCAAAUGUGUGCUCCUGCCCUGAGGGAUGGAUGGGACGUCUCUGUGAAGAGCCAAUCUGCAUCCUACAUUGUCUGAAUGGAGGUCACUGUGUGGCUCCUUACCAGUGUGAUUGCCCAGCUGGGUGGACUGGAUCGCGCUGCCACCAAGCCGUCUGUCAGUCCCCAUGCUUAAACGGUGGGAAGUGUGUACGACCCAAUCGGUGCCAUUGCACUUCACCAUGGACUGGACAUGACUGUUCUAGGAAAAGGAAAACUGGAUUCCACCACUUUUAACUUCAAAGUGACUACUAUGAACAUUUUUAUUCUGAUCCAUCAGGCCUUGAUACUUCAGACACUGUAAAAUCAAAUCUUGGGGUGGGGAGUUAAAUCGUCUGAGGUUUCUAAAAUGUUUUUUUAAUUAUUUUGUAUUAUAUUUUCUUAUAUUUUUUAUUUUGAAAGGAGCCACUUUUUUUUCUACCUGUAGAAGUAUAUCAUUUAUGCUGCUGUCAAUACAUGCAAGGGUACAAAUAAUGCCCACUGACGGAGAAUAAUUUGCAGUCUUCUUUUAUUAUUAUUACAAAUCCCAGAGCAUGUGUUGGAUCAAUUGCUAGUCAGACAAGAAGCUUUAGAACCAGACUUUAUGUGAGGGUGGCAAAUGAAUUUUUCUUUUCAUUUGUCCAUCCGCAUUCAAGUUGCAAGUAUGUAAAAGGAGUGUAAGAAACAGAAGUGCUGGAUCCUUUCUCCUCCCAUACUGUAACUUCUUAAAGUCAGUGACUUGAGCCCCCUUUUUUUUCAUUCCUCUUUCCACCACUGGAACUAUAUCUACUAUUUGGCUCGACAGAGAGAUACUAAAUCAUGGGAGAGUAGAAGAUUUGAUAAUUCUCUCCCACAUGCAUCUUUUAAUUGUUAAAGUAAGUACGUACCUCCUACACCCAGAUUUUUGUAUGUAAAUAAGGCAGACACAUGAACAAUGGCUCUGUCAAAUCUAGUUGUGUCCUUAAUCACCUUCUGCAAGUUCACCAUAUUUCAUUAGUUGUGGAGGAGGCAACAUUAGUUACUGGAGUCUGGUGGAAAUUUUAAACAAAUUCAUCUGGGGAUCUGUUUUAGUAUAGUGAAAGGUUUGCAAGUGCUUAGUGGGAUUUAUGGUUUCUUUAAAAACACACAUACACAAAUACACACACAGCAGAUCCACACAUCCCUGUCAUUGUGAACCGCCUUCAACUAACCUCAGUUUUCAUAGUUUUCCAUGUAGCCUGGAAGGCUAAUGUCUGAAAGAGGCAAGUCCAGAGUUCCCUUGGAUAUAAUUCUUUCCGACCUGAGCCUAAGAGUAAUUAGUAGUGGGCCUUAUUGAGCCUUUUCUGUAGGCAUGCCAUUGGAUGCACAAAUGUAUGGGAUAAGAUGGUUUGACAACCUGGGACUCUGAUGUGUAUAGCAGCUAGCUGUGAGAGGUGAAAAUGUGUGCUUGGGGACUGAAGGGUCUCCAGAGUACAUUUGGUGUUCUGUUUUCUUUUAAUUCAAACCUGUUUUACUGAGAUGAUACACUUGUGGGGGCUGGGUGGGGGUGGGGGUCUGUAAAUCUAUUGUUCGCAUAUUUAAAACACACACAUUUGUUGAUUUGACAUUUGGCUGCCAUUUAGUUAAAAGUGAAAUAAGCUUAAAAAAAACCUGGAAAUUGGGCUCUUUGUCUACCUAUUAUUGAUAUUCUUUGUCUACACAGUUCAUAUCCUUUCCCCACUGUCUAAGGAAGACAAACAUUUUAUAAUUUCCAUUCAAAGCUGGUCACUAGUAGUAAGUAUCUUAGAUAAAAAAAUGCAAAAAAAAAAAUCCUAAGCACUACAACUAAUAAGCAUAUUUUUCUGAAAAAGGUUUCACCUUCAUGUCCCAAUUCUGAAUGUCUAGUAGUUUACUGUUGUGAUUCAGAACAAUACAACUGAGCUGUGAUUAAGUUCUGUAAUUAUUUAUUACCAGAGAGCACAACUGCAAUGAUUUAGCUAUUUAAAAGGAAAAGGGUGUUGUUUGGUACCUGUGGCAAGAAAAAACUAGUUGCUGAGGAAGCCCUGGUGGCGCAGUGGUUAAAUGCCUUUACUGCAGCCACUCACUCACAAACCACAAGGUGAGUUCAAUACCAGCCAGGGACUCCAAGUUGACUCAGCCUGGCAUCCUUUUGUAGAUCGCUAAAAUGAGUACCAGCUUGUUGGAGGCAAUUAGCUUACACUUUGUAAAUCGCUUAGUACAUCAAUAAGUGGCAUAGAAAUGUACUUGAUAUUGCUGAAGAACAUACUUUACUUAACAUAAUCAACCUUUUCCUUGUCACAAUUUGCUUACAUACCAGCCAUUUUCUCCAAAACUGACACCUUCUGCUUGCUUAGUUAUGCAAGAGAAGCUGGACCGCACCAAUGCUUCCUUUCCCUCCCCCAUUUUAUCUGGGGGUUCAGACAGGAUUAUUUGUGGCUUACUCUGUGAAUGCAUAGGUAAACACAAAAUGACUUUCUUAACUUCUGCAGACUAGUGUUCUACUGUGAUCCAUAUAAUGUUGCACUGAAGAAAGUGUCUUCUUGCACACUUUCCAGUUACAUGUUCCAUUACCAACAGCAUUAGCUUGUAUACAACAGUCUCUCCCAUCAUCAGCAUUUGCUAUUAAGACUCACAGCAACAUAAUAGCACAAUGUAAAUACACACAUGCACAGACACAGAGACCAUUGCCCUUGAACAGCAGGCUUUUGCAGUUACACCGUAGGUUAGUUAGUUUUGUUAAGGAGGGAUGAAAACAGUGGCUUCAUAUAUUAUGAGUUUGUGGGCAGUUUGUGGAAGUUAUGGUCCAAUUGUGUGGAACCCAUAUUUAAACAUUUCAAAUUGUGCACCUGCCCUUUGCAUUUCCUUCUUCCUUUUUAAUUGUGUAGAGUUGCACUGCAUGAUAUCCCUUUUGCCCAUGUCUUUACAAACUCUGGGGAGGAAUGAGAAUACUGUAUUUGAUAUACUCACUUGUACUUUGCCACACACUUAUACAUAUAUAAAGUGGCAGGAGGUGAGCAUAGAAAUUAGCUCAGUGGCUCCAUACAGAACCAGGAGUUAUUCACACUGUGAAAGUAAUCCAGGAUGCAUCCAGGUGAAAUCUCCAUUGUUCACACACAUCCCGAAUGCACCCAACUGUUAAAAAAAACCCACUUAAUCUGGGAUAAUCAAUAUUGGGGUUUUGCCCAAGUUGUUUAAAAGGACCCACAUUGUCACUAGUGUGAAUAACUGAUGCAAAUAGACCCAGGAUAGAAUGCUGCAUACCUUGAACAUGUUCUGAAUGCAUUUGCAUCGUCGAUUCCAUCUUUAUUUGAAGGCUUGCACAUGUGAGCAACCAAACUUACAGAGAUGCACAUUGAUGCAGUUCCAUAGGGUGAAUAAUAAACCCGGAAUGUGUGAGUGAGGUGAUUCACAUUGUCGCACUAAAAAAAUGUGAAUGACACCCCAGAGAUACCUUAUGAUGACUGUGGAAGAUCACUGACUAGUUGGGAAUCUCUCCGUGUCUGAUUAUUGCUGGAAAGCUCCAUUACAAAAGUGGGGAGGAAUAAUAGUAGUUCAUAUAAUUGUUCUGUUUUGCCCAUGAGGCUUUUUGUGUACAUAUAGAUUCUCCCUCUCUCAUGCAUGCAUGCAUACGUUGAGAAUUUUUAUAAUGUACGUCUUCUGAGGUGAGGGUUUACACAUUUAGAAGAAACAGAAUAAAAAGGAAGACAUUCUAAACCCCCUCUACAGUUUUUUUAAAUAAAAAGAGAGGAAGUAGAAAAAUAUAGAUGUUACUCUUUAUUUUUAAGGAGAAACAAAAUAAAUGUAUGCCUUGCCAAUCUGAGUGAUAGUAAUUUGUCCAUUACCUUUACAACAUUUAGUAAGUGACUCAAAUGGUAAACUGUCUCACAGGCUCACAUCAAAAUUUCUUCCAGAUUUGUUUUUCCAGUUGCUUUAAACAGUAACUUGAAGUCUCCAUAACAUAAUGCACAUAGAAACUGAGAUAUGGGCCACUGAGCUGGAAGACCCAUAAAUAAAAAAAACAUUUCCAAAUAUUAUCAUCCUUAAUUAUCACACAUAUACUCCCAAACUCUUUAUAGUGUGAUUAUAUGCAUCCCAGUUGCAUGAUUACACAGAGGUAAGACCCACAGAGUUCAGUGAGUAUUACUCCUACAUGUGUGUAAGAUUUCACUCUUAUGAGUUGUUCAUAAAAUGGGAAUGAUAAGAAAUUAAAAUUAUGCUGUUACAUUUCAUAAUAGUUUCUCAAAUCCCCAUAUUUACACUAUGAUCAAGCAUCAAAGAGGGUUUUUUUUAAAUUCUUCAUACUAGAGGUUUAUAAACUUUCCAGUUUAUAUGGUGAACAGUCAGACUUCAAAAGCUAGCCCAGAAAGAACUUUCAAGGUAGACCAAUGCUGGCUCAGUAUGUGAUGCCUAGCAGGAAAAGACUGAAUGGUAUAAUUAGAUAGCUGUUUGCAGUAUUAAAUCUUCAAAUCAUCACUUUUUAAAAAAAAAUAACUUUUAAAUGCAAUUAAUGUACUGUCAUUUAUGUGACUGCUUGCCAUGUGUUUUAACGACUUUUGUGUGAUGCACUUUACAUUGUAAAUAAAGUUGCACCCCAUUUAGUACC